AUGGGUGGAAGUGGAGCAUCUUCUGGAUUUGGAGGGAACAUCCAGCAGGUCGGACCUUGGUGGACUGCGUUUGGGACAGGAGGACUUGACGGCGAGCAGCCUUUGCUAGAAGAGCUCGGGAUCAACUUCUCACAUAUCCGUGCCAAGUCAUUGACUGUACUUAAUCCCUUUGGACGCGUGGAUGAACACAUCAUGGACGACGCCGAUCUAUAUGGGCCUUUGAUAUUCUGUUUCUGCUUUGCUACAUGUCUACUCUUCUCUGGGAAACCUCAGUUUGGUUACAUCUACGGAGUCGCACUCCUCGGCUCUGCAUCGAUUUACACGCUCCUCAACCUUAUGUCAGAAACGGGCAUCGACGCGUAUAGAGUAACAUCCGUGCUGGGCUACUGCCUAUUACCCAUGGUCGGUGUCGGAGCGCUUAGCGUUGUUACAACCCUCGAUGGCCUAAAAGGCCUCGUCUUAGCAUCCCUUUCAAUUGCAUGGUGUACAUACGCCGCAUCAGGCAUAUUCGUCGCCGUACUCCGCAUGUCCCAACAACGACUACUCGUUGCAUACCCCGUUGGACUCCUGUAUGGAUGUUUUGCUCUCUUCAGCGUAUUCAGUAUCGGAAACGGUGUUGAAAGCGGUCCAGAAAAGGCACUGUAG